CAUUUUUUUUUCUUUUUGCCACCACCAUUCCAUUGCCAGCCAUGAUAGAGAAGGGGGCAGCGGAGGUGUCGGGCAAGAGGAGAGGCAGGGGCAACGCCGCCAGCAGCAAAAGUUUGGCCCCCAACGGGCACGCCAGCAACUCGUGGGAGGAAGGCAGCUCGACCUCGUCCAGCGAUGAUGAGCAGGGUGGCGGUGGCAUGAGGGUGGGCACCCAGUACCAGGCGGUGGUGCCAGACUUCGACCCGGAAGUGGCAAAAACCUGCCAAGAACGCGAGAACCUCGGCAUGUUGGUAUGGUCUCCUAACCAGAACUUGUCAGAAGCCAAAUUGGAUGAAUAUAUCUCAGUUGCAAAAGAGAAGCAUGGAUAUAACAUGGAGCAGGCACUUGGCAUGCUUUUUUGGCACAAACAUAACAUAGAAAAAUCGCUGGCAGACUUGCCCAACUUCACCCCAUUUCCCGAUGAAUGGACCGUGGAGGACAAAGUCUUGUUUGAACAAGCUUUUGGCUUUCAUGGAAAAACCUUUCAUAGGAUCCAGCAGAUGCUUCCUGAUAAAUCUAUUGCCAGCCUAGUAAAAUUUUACUAUUCCUGGAAAAAGAGUCGCUCUAAGACCAGCGUGAUGGAUCGUCAUGCUCGCAAGCAGAAGCGUGAACGGGAAGGAAGCGGAGAUGAGACGGAGGAACCAAUCAGCAGCAGCAACAACCCGACGGAUAUGGAGGUCGACCCACAAAAGGAACCCAAGAAAGAAGUAAUUUCUCCUAAGAAUGACACAGUCCCGCAUGUGAAGAAGGAGAAACACCCAUCUCAAGCUAAAAACAGAGCCAAACGGAAGCCUCCGAAGGGGAUGUUCCUGUCACAGGAAGAUGUAGGAGCCAUCUCUGCCAACGCCAAUGCUGCUACCACUAUGCUGAAACAGCUGGAUAUGGAACUGGUCUCCAUUAAGAGACAGAUUCAAAAUAUCAAACAGACAAACAGUGCACUCAAGGAGAAGCUACAGGGAGGAGUUGAGGAGUACAGAGUCGCUGAGGUUCCACAGAAAUUUAAUGCUCGCUGGACAACAGAGGAACAGCUUCUUGCUGUUCAAGCGAUCCGAAAAUAUGGCCGGGAUUUCCAAGCAAUUUCGGACGUCAUAGGGAACAAAUCGGUUGUCCAAGUGAAGAAUUUUUUUGUCAAUUACCGAAGACGCUUUAAUAUUGAUCAGGUUUUACAGGAAUGGGAGGCGGAGCACGGAAAGCCGGAGGAGAACGGUGACUGCCUCGAGAAGCCUAUAAAAUUACCUGACACUGCUAUAAAGAUGUCCGAUGAAGAGGACGAGGGCUCUCCUCUUGAUGUCAGAUUUUCUUCAUGAGAAAACAAGAACUGCUUAGUCUUGACUACUUAAUUUGCCCAGAACUUCAGGUAUUACGAGGACUUCAACCAGCUAUGCUCAUCAUGCGUUGUGGACAAGCAGCUAUUUACCAAAAAGGCAAACAACUUCCGGCCCUUUUAACAUAUCUGCCUUAAUCACCUCCAGUUCCCCCUCACAGACGGCUUUCUGCUGUCAUCACCGAGGAUAAAACAGAGUCAUCGGCAUCUUGUAUCGGGACAAUCUCCCCCAUCACCUUGUAAAUAUUCACCCUGAUGAUGA